CGUUUUGUUGUCAUUUCAGAUUAGCAAAUGUUUGGAGAAGCUCUGGAGGAGAUCGGAGAGAGGUGAAAAUCAGGACUUGGAUCGGACCAAGCGUAAACGACGAUGAAAUCCAACGCGUGGGUUCUAUUGUUAAUGGUGAUCUACUUCGGUGUUGUCAAUUGCAUUGAUGACAAAUGCGCCGCUUGCAAUGCCGUUGCCGAAGAGAUAGAACGUGGACUUUCCAAUGAAAAACCGAGGAAUCAUUUAGAUAUGAGACAUCGGUUGGAUUCUAAAGGUCAGCGUAAGGGGAAGGUGAUUGACUACAGGGUCAGUGAGCUAAGAGUUGUUGAACUCCUGGACGGGCUUUGUGAAAAGAUGCAAGAUUACACUAUCGAGAAGACAGAUUCAACUGGAAAACAGUGGAUCAAAGUGGAUGACUGGGACAACUUGACAAAUAAACAAGAAGCUCGGGCUUAUUCAAAAGAUAUAUCAACUUAUUGUGGGAGAUUAUUAGAGGAAACAGAAGAUGAUUUGGCAGAGUUGAUUAAGAAAGGAUCUGUCAGACCAGGUGCUGUUAGCAAAGUACUAUGCCAUGAUUUGAGCAGGCAUUGCAGCAAGGCGAGUGUUCAGCUGAAUGACGAUGAUGAGGAAGCAGAUGGGGAGCUAUGAAAAGAUAGGUUUGAGAGAGGAGCUAUAAACCAUGCAACAGUUAGCUUGUUUUCAAAUCAGGAGAUAUGUGCUACACGCUUAUUUUCUUGUAUGACAGUUAAAACUUUGAUUGCACUUUCAAUUUUUAAUUUUGAUAGAAGACUCAGAGGAUGGGGUGAUGCUGACUUAAAAGCUUCAGAUUGAUGUUUUGUGUAGUAAAGCUUAGGGACUCGAGGUAGGCUUCAUUAAGCUAAACGAUCCGAAAGUAAAACUAACCAUUUAUAAUAAAGGCAUAACCUCGUAAUUCACAUGCCA